UCAAGCCGCGCACUCGGACCAAAUAUAGUCCUCCGUUUUCAACUCGAAAUCACCGAAUUUAAAAUAUUAUGACCCCUUGGACUACACGAAUCGUCGCUAAGAGAUCGUAGGAGUGGAUCUGUCCAGGUGCUGAAAUCUUUUUUCCGUCUUUAGAGCACUUUGUUCACUGGCGUAAAGUGAGUGAUGAGUCCUAUUGCCAGUAAGAAACAAGAACUUGCUUUGCAGGCUGAGUAGUUCUUCUUUCGAUUGUUAUUGCCGCUUUUUAAAAAAUCUUUAUUUUCCGGAAACUUCACCUCGAUUGGUUCGAAAGUGAAAGAAAAGUGAUUUGGAAGUCGGAACAUGGAAUUACAAGGCCUACAAGAGGCGUUGAAAGUAGAAAUCCAGUGUCAUCAGAAACUAGUUGCGCAAAUGAAGCAAGAACCACAGGAUGGAGAGCUUAAGAAACAACUACACGAAAGGCAAACAAGAAUAACAGCUCUAAGCGAAAAACAAAAGCUGCCGGUGAGGGGCUGUCCUAUGGGGAGCACCAAACCCGUCUCACUCAUCAAGCCGCCAAGCCAGAGCAUAGCCAUCUCUGUGGUGCCGGCGAAAGCUCCCGUUUCCAUGGUGACCGCACACAUUAACGGACAAAAAGCGGCAGGCAGCGAGCCGCUGCAGACGGCCCCUAUCAACCUGCAAACGACGAGCAAAGUGGCCGGGAGCGGCCUAUCCUCCGUGGGCCGGAGAGUCAGCGAACAGCCGCACUCACAGGUGCUGGGAACCCUCACAGCAGUGCCCAUCAAGGUGCCUCACGUCAGCUCCCUGCAGCGGCUGGCCGGCCAGGCUUCCACACUGCUACCUCAGGUUAGGCCAAAGACGCUGAUCCCGGACAGCCUCCCACACAGCCCCUGCCAGGAGCAGCUGUCCAGCCAGCCUCCUAGCCUGCAGAAGGCCCCUGCUGUGGUUAGCUCCAAGAGCCAGGGCCCUGGUCCAGCCCUGCCCACUGCCAACAGCACCUUCAGCCCCGCGGGACGGCCCAACGGCAAGUCUGCCCCUGCUUCAUCUCCAGCCUCGCCCACCAUGUCCACAGGGGUCAGCGGCGCUGGUGUGGCCUACGCCAUCAUCGCCGCCUCGCCCAGCCACUCAACCUCCUCUUCGGCCUCAUCGGAGACCGUCAAGGUGCAGCCUCUGCUCUUCAGUGCAGAUAACAAGGUGAUAAUAAUCCAGCCCAAGGCCUCCGGCAGCCCUCAGAAUUCCCCUGGCCAGCAGGCUGACAGCCCCACCCAGGACCCCCCAGCCACAAACACCCCUCCCUCCAAGAAGAAACGAGAGGAAGAUCCAGAGAAAAUUGCCUUCAUGACAGCUCUUGGCCUGGUGACCACUGACUAUUUGGAAGAGAUCCAGAGCAAGAGGCAGGAGAGGAAGAGAAGGAGCACAGCCAAUCCUGCGUACAGCGGCCUGUUUGAGCCUGAGCGCAAACGCCAUGCAUCUCACUUCCUGAACAACCCACUCUUCCUGUCUGCAAGAGACACUGAGGACUUGAACUGGAAGGAGCUGCUGGAGCAUGAUGAGCACUGCGCCGUAUGUAAGGAGGAAGGAGAUCUGCAGCCCUGCCACAACUGUACCCGAGCCUACCACCUCGACUGCCUCCACCCACCCCUCAGGAGUCCCCCCAAGGGCCCUUGGACCUGCCCCAAGUGCCAGAAGAAGGUACUGAACAAAGACAACUUGUCAUGGCCGCAGAGUUUCGUUCAUUCAUAUGUAACACACAAAACAGUGAGAGAGGAGGAGAAGAAGAAACUGAUGAGGAGGAACAGCGAGCUGAAGAACGAGUGCGCCCUGCUGGAGGAGCGGGACCAGCAGCUGAGCGAGUCACUCACGAAAUGCAUGGACAUGAAGAGUGGCCUUCUGAGCCAGCAGAAGGAGACCCAGGCCUCUCUCGAGCGGCUGAAGGCUCUGAUCCGACUCAUCCAGCGAGACCAGAUGAUCCAGGUCACCAUGACAGCUACUACCACCACCGGGGCCUCCCUCCUCUCACUACCCUGGAUCAAGCCCUCUGGCACAGUCACAGCGCCCCCUGCUGGGACCUCUACACUACUUCAGAAGACCCUGCCACAGACCACGAGCAACAACUGACCCCACCUCGGUUCCACCCCUCCAGGCCCUCGCACCUUUGAGCCAAGCAGCCAUCUGCCAAAUCUUUGGCCACACCCUAACUCAUCCCAGAAACAGACUCGAAAAAUGCGUCUGUGGUACGAGUAAUAUCAAACGUGUCCGUCAAAAGGGAAAGAUUCAGUUUUUUUUUUUAAAUGAGCUGUUGUGGGAACAGAAAGGACAUCCCAUGUGAGAUCUUCAGCAAGUAUUUUUUUAAACACCUUCAGUGCUUAUGAGAUUUUUUUUAAACCUAUCGAUUUUGUUUAAUGUUCUUGGCCUUAAUGUAUUUAUGAAUUUUUAAAGCAGGAUGAAACGCACGCCUGUUGCAGACACGCGGGAAAGCCGUGUCGUGGUUUUAACACGUCAGGAGCUGUAACGAGCAAACGUUCCCGGAUAUAGGGAGAGAGACCGAUAGCGCCUAGAAGUAGGAAAUAGUCACAAGUAAAUGGGAAGAGUGGACGCGGAAUUGGGCGGCACGCUGAAACAGUAGCCAGCCUUAGCCGCGUUUGCGCCUGACCGUCUCCAGGUUCCUUUGGAAGGAGGAGGGAUCAGGACGCCGUUUGGGUGUCAUCACAUGCAUAAACAUGAGCCUUCAAACAAAACCAGAGAAUUACAUUUUUCAGUAUUAACAUAGUUAAAAAAAAAGAAGUAUUUAAAAUUACUACGAAAAUUAGCAUUUUUAGUGAAAAAUGUAGUAUUUUCUUGCUUGUUGAUAAUGUAAAAUGAAGUAUUUGAGGAGGGGUUUGCUGUACAGAAAUUGAAUUGUUAAUGCUGGUUUUUGUUUUUUUUUAUCAUUAUUCUUCAGAUCUUGUUUGUGGUUGCGAUCAAAAAUAGGUGUUUUUCCAAAAGUAAUUAGUCAUUCCUGUAGGCGUGCUACUCUGCAUCCUGUCACUGUCCUUCCUUUACCAGUAUAGGAAUUAUGCCAAAAAAAUCCUUCAUUUUUGUACUGGAAAUUCUUUUUUAUUGACUGUUGUCUUUCGUUUAUUUAGUCUGUCAUCUUCUUGUUGCAUCAAUGCACAGAACAGCGAUUUUUUUAUUGUGUGUUCCUGUGAUUUUUUUUUUUUUUGAACAACACGACAUUUUCCUGGGGAAGGUUCGCUUUGAGGAAUUUUAUCUACAUGACAGUUCAAAUCCACACUGCCUCAAGGAGCAAUCCGUAGUUUCCUGACGUUGCUUUCUACUCUUUUUUUCCAAGUCAGAGGACAUGAGGACACUUCCUGGAGUGUCCGUUUCAGGGGGACAGAUUUUGCUGUGAACGUUGCAUUGAUUCCUACAGUUAGUCUUCCUGCUACGCCAAGGUUUUUGAGGGGACAGGGAAGGUGUCGUGACCUCGUAGCCUCCCUUUCCGCUGCUCCACAUGCAAUUACGUUCAGCCUUCACAGGGGGCAAUGAUACGACCGAAAAUGCUCUGGCGAGAAGGAAAUAUCCGAUAACGACAAACUUGGUCUUAAUGUUUUUCCACAUUUUUUUAAUAUCACAGAUCAAAUUGCUUAUUUAGAUGCAGACGAUUGGAAUACGAUACUCGUAUGAACCAAACACCGAGUGAUACGAGGGCUAGUUUUUAGGCCAGAAAGGAGCAGCUACGUAAAGCAGCAGGUUCUGUCUCCCAUGCGAGAAGGGGGUACAGAAAUCUGCGUGAACGCGUUACGUCGACACUGCAAAAGCCUUUCUGUGUUCUUUAUUUUUACCAUUCAUGUGCAAAGCAGCUGGAAAAAAGUCCAGUGACUUUUCAAAGGAUUACAGAUGUUCCGUUGCGCUGUUUGUCUGGCAGUCAGCUUCCCUGGGGAGACCUGUGUGUAAGUCUGUGGCAGGGCAAAGGCAGAGCUCUCUGGAACAUGUCACAAUUGGGUCUUCUAGGGCACCAUUUUCUCAUUUUUAAGCUUUAUUUCUUGUUGGCCUUUCAAAAUUCUAGGUCUUGAGUAAUUCAGUUUCAUUCAAGUCUACACAAGACGGUUCUAAAGGGCCUGUACAUUUCCCUCUGCGAAUAUCCCCUUAAUUACUCUUGGUCGAAUUCCCACAUAUAGGAUUGAGCUGAACGAACACGCACACACAUACAUACACACACGCAACAAUAAGCAACUAAAACCUUUUCCCAGUAUUUCCAGUUCACUCUUUGUGAAGUUGGAAAU